AUGUCUGGGGAUGCCUCCAGAAGCUUGGGGAGAGGCAGCUGUCCCCCAGGACCAGUCCCAGAGGGUGUGAUCCGCAUCUACAGCAUGAGGUUCUGCCCUUACUCGCACAGGACACGCCUGGUCCUCAAGGCCAAAGGCAUCAGGCACGAAGUUAUCAACAUUAACCUGAAAAACAAGCCUGAGUGGUACUAUACAAAACAUCCUUUUGGCCAGAUUCCUGUCCUGGAGAACAGCCAGUGUCAACUUAUCUACGAAUCCGUCAUCGCUUGCGAGUACCUGGAUGACAUCUACCCAGGAAGGAAGCUGUUUCCAUAUGACCCUUACGAACGAGCUCGCCAGAAGAUGUUACUGGAGCUGUUCUGUAAGGUCCCACACUUAACCAAGGAAUGUCUAGUAGCAUUGAGAUGCGGGAGAGAGUGUUCGGACCUGAAGGCUGCCCUGCGUCAGGAGUUCGGCAACCUGGAAGAGAUUCUUGAAUAUCAGAACACAGCGUUCUUUGGUGGAGACCGUAUAUCCAUGAUUGAUUACCUCUUCUGGCCCUGGUUUGAGCGGCUGGAUGUAUAUGGACUAUCUGACUGCGUGAAUCACACCCUGAUGCUGAGGCACUGGAUAUCCACCAUGAAGCAGGACCCCACGGUCUGUGCCCUGCUCAUUGAUAAGAACAUAUUCUUAGGCUUCCUGAAUCUCUAUUUUCAGAACAACCCUGCUGCUUUUGACUUUGGGCUGUCUGUUCCAGCCAUUCGGUAA